AUGAACAACUAUGGGUUCUAUACAAGCACCGGGUGCACCUUUACUGGCUCUCCCACGCCCACCACCGCCACUUGCUCGUACAGCCAGUCAUGGCAUAUUCGCUCUUCCACUGUGACUCGUGAUGAGACUUAUGUUCUUCCUGGAACUGAGGUGCGGGAAAUCGUCUCUGCUACCUUGACUGUGGCAGGGACGGGACCUUUUCCUACUGGCACCGCUGCGACUGCUACUGCAGCUACAGCGACCACAACGACAGGUUCUACUACAGGUAGGACAGUAGAAAGCACUACUACCACGAGCAAGACGGCUUCAGGAAACGUCGCAGGCCGGACAAUGGCACCGAUGAUGUUGGUGGGUGCGGUGGUGGCCGGUAUGGCGGCGCAAGCAUAG